AUGGCAAAGGGUACGGGUUGUUUCGUUUCCCAUUUCCGCCGCAAACAAUCCUCGAAUGCAAUCUCCAGCAAAAUCCCGGAUAGCCUGCCUCCUCUGCCUCAAGUUGAUUGCCAGAAUCUCGCCCAGAGCCAGGGGGUGAAGGGCAAAUUAAGCAAUCUUGUUCCUGGAACCGGGAAAAUCGGCCCGAGCGUGGAGGGGGAAGGGUUCAGUGAGAUGAACAAUGGUACCGAGAUGAGCGGGAGGGCUUCGAGAAGCGGGAAUUAUAUUCGUCGUUGGCAUAGUAAUCACUCGGAUCAAGAGCCGAACUGA